CGCUCUCGUCUGAUUACGUCACCCGCAGCCAUUACACGGCGCUUUCAUGAGGAAGGUCGGAAGCGCGAGGAGGCAAAAUAAAAUUCAGCAGCGCCAGAUAUCCUUUAUCACACGCGCCUGUGUAUGACAAGCUCGAGUUAAAAAAUUGAGCGUUUAGCGAGCUGAUAGUUGUGUCGAAGAGCGGUGUUCGCGGUUUGAUGCGCGUCGCGUCGGCCCUGCGCAGCGCGUGAGUGCGGCAGUAUUGCGUUAAAGUGGAUCGUAAUAUAAAAGUAGGCGCGGAAUCAGAGAGAAUAAUAUAAUGUCGCUGGUGAUGGAUGAUAAAGCCUUUACUAAAGAGCUUGACCAGUGGGUCGAGCAGCUGAACGACUGCAAACAACUGAGCGAGAAUCAAGUCCGGUCUCUCUGUGAGAAGGCCAAAGAGAUUCUGACCAAGGAGUCCAAUGUGCAGGAGGUGCGCUGUCCCGUCACAGUGUGCGGCGAUGUACACGGUCAGUUUCAUGACCUGAUGGAGCUCUUCAGAAUCGGAGGCAAGUCACCGGACACUAACUAUCUGUUCAUGGGUGAUUAUGUGGACCGAGGCUAUUACUCUGUGGAAACGGUCUCGCUUCUGGUUGCGCUGAAGGUUCGAUACCCGGAGCGCAUCACGAUAUUGCGGGGGAAUCACGAGAGCAGACAGAUCACGCAGGUGUACGGUUUCUACGACGAGUGCUUGAGGAAGUACGGCAACGCUAACGUCUGGAAAUAUUUCACAGAUCUGUUCGACUACCUUCCCCUGACCGCGCUGGUGGAUGGACAGAUCUUCUGUCUGCACGGCGGUCUGUCUCCAUCAAUAGACACGCUGGAUCACAUUCGUGCUCUGGAUCGUCUGCAGGAGGUUCCUCAUGAGGGGCCGAUGUGCGAUCUGCUGUGGUCAGACCCUGAUGAUCGUGGCGGGUGGGGAAUCUCUCCUCGAGGUGCUGGUUACACCUUCGGACAGGACAUCUCUGAAACCUUCAACCACGCUAACGGUCUCACGCUGGUCUCUCGUGCACAUCAGCUGGUCAUGGAGGGGUACAAUUGGUGUCACGAUAGGAACGUUGUCACUAUAUUCAGUGCACCAAACUAUUGCUAUCGCUGCGGCAACCAGGCCGCUAUAAUGGAACUAGACGAUACCCUUAAAUAUUCCUUCCUUCAGUUUGAUCCAGCCCCUCGACGCGGAGAGCCCCACGUCACCCGCCGCACCCCCGACUACUUCCUGUAAGCGGCCCUGGACAUGUAAAAAAGCCACAGCUGACGUCUAUUCAUCCGAUGUGUGUAAAUAUGAAGAGGGAUAUGUUUGACACAACAACACUAACAACGGACCAAAAUGUGCCAUACAAGCAUUUAAUGCCCAAAUCCAGUCGCUCUGUGUCAGUACUGCUGCAGCGUGUCUCGUUUUAGCUUCUAGUACAUAUGCCUGCUGUGUAUGAUGAAUAGACACUUCCUUCUUGAAUUGUACAUGACAAUAGAGUGAUAUCUAGCUUUCUCUCUCUCGCAAUAUCACUGGAUAAAACCUCCUUUAAGUUGGCAUUGACACGCAUGUGAAGUACGGUAACAUUUUAUACAAGUGCACAAGCGUGCAUACUUAACUGUCUUUUCACACACACAAAAAUAAUUGUUGAUAAGGAAUGAUGAACGUGACGGACAUGGAGCGUAUAAGGACUUUAUCUGACUGUCCUCUCUAAUCUGAAACGUUUAUUUUUCUUAUGUGUUGACUGUCUUCUGUGUAUUUGUCAAGAAAUGGUAGCCUCCUCUUUGCUGUAUUUGAACUAAUAAAGUACUUUUAAUCGCAAGCUACUCCAAA